CCGUUCAAUCCAACAUGCCGGCGAAAGCAGCAACCAAUCUGGGCUACAUUCCACCGGACGGAGGCUGGGGUUGGGCCGUCGUCUUCGCCUCCUUCAUCUCCAUAGGAUUCGCCUACGCCUUUCCCAAGUCGCUCACCAUCUACUACAAGGAGAUUCAGGAAUAUUUUUCCAUUUCCUACAGCCAGAUUGCCUGGGUGUCCUCUGUCAUGCUUGCCUCUAUGUAUGCAGCAGGGCCUGUGAGUAGCAUUCUUGUGAAUCGCUAUGGCAGCAGACCCGUGGUCAUAGUUGGCGGGCUCAUGGUUUCCUCUGCCAUGGUGCUCGCCUCUUUUGGAACAACUAUUGUCCAUCUGUAUCUCUGUGUUGGAGUAAUUGGAGGUUUUGGCCUAGCCUUCAAUCUGCAGCCUGCCCUGACCAUCAUCGGUACCUACUUCCACGUGAAGAGGCCGCUGGCAAACGGGCUGGCGAUGACAGGAAGUCCAGUGGUUCUCUUUACUCUUGCUCCGCUCAAUCAGUUUCUCUUUGAUUCUUUCGGCUGGAGAGGAAGCUUCCUGAUCCUUGGAGGCCUCGUUUUGAACUGCUGUGUUGCUGGUUCUCUGAUGAGGCCUGCCAACAAAAAAGUCCAAACUCAACUAAAAAGUGAGCCACAUGAGAGUAAUGGAGCAGAGGAAGUCCCCACAGAUAACCAACAAGCUGUAGAAAUCCAAAAUGAGAGUAAUAAAAAGGGCUGCAUGCAUAGUUUUAUAGAUGUUUCGCUCUUCAAACACAGGGGAUUCCUCAUUUACCUCAUCGGUAACGUGGUCAUGUUAUUUGGAUUUUUUGGACCUGUAGUUUUUCUAGCCCCCUACGCCAAACAUCUGGGUGUUGAUGAAUAUUCAGCAGCGUUCUUGCUGUCCAUCUUUGCUCUCGUGGACAUGUUUGUUAGACCAACAACUGGCUUGAUCGGCAAUACAAAGUGGAUCCGGCCCAAAAUCCAGUAUUUAUUCAGUUUUGCUGUUUCCUACAAUGGAGUGUGCCACCUUUUGUGCCCUCUGGCAUCUGGAUAUGUUGGCCUUGUCGUUUAUGCCGUGUUUUUCGGGAUGGCGUUCGGGAUGGUGUGUUCUUUGCUUUUCGAAGUGUUGAUGGACCUCGUGGGAGCGCAUCGCUUCUCCAGCGCAGUUGGACUUGUCACCAUUAUCGAGUGCGGCCCAGUGCUUCUCGGUCCUCCGCUUUCAGGAGCGCUGGUAGAUAUUUUUGGAGACUACAAGUACAUGUACUACGCAUGUGGUGUGUUGAUGCUGGUGCCAGGCAUAUUUUUCUUCAUCAUGCAUUACUACAACUACAAGAGGCUGGAUGAGGAGCAGAGGCAGCGCCCGUCUGCAGAGAUGAAGACGUGUGCAGAGGCUGUGCAGCUGAAAAUGAAUCAGGAUGAAGCACAGGAAUGA